AUGAUGUCUCGUUUGCGCGAAUCCCUGGCUGGUCCAGGCUACGUGAUCUUGAACGUCCUACGCGUUCUGAACAUAAUUACUCUUAUGGAUCUCAUAGCUGCGUGUGCAGUCAUGCUGGUAAAGAUCCACAUGCUGAACAGCUUCUUCUUCUUCGAGGCCGUGACCCAUGCUGUCGUGGCUCUGGUCAGCGUCUUUCUGAUCAUUUCAGAGCUCCCGAUUCUCCGGACUUACUUUGAUAAUCACUGGCCGAUGUUCGGACAACAAUCCAGCUUCUAUUCUCUCGGUGGCAUCAUGAUGAUCCUAGGCGUGUCAACCCUCGGCAACCUGAACACGAAAUCCAUGACCCAAGAUUCUAUUGGCAUGACCUUCUGGCGAAUUAUCAUUUCUGCCGGCAUCUUGGCCAUGAUCUCCAGCGUGCUGAACGUUCUAGCAAGCUUCAUCUUCAGCGAUCGCGAGACCGGGGUCACUGCCCGUCAAGUGCGGGCAGAUGGCGCCGUUGCACCACAGAAGGCAAUGAGCCGGUCUAGCAGCAGCACCCACAGCCACCGCACCCUCCAUCUGAGCAUGAAGCGCGAAGAAACCUUACCCACGUAUACUCGCCAGAACCCCGUCAAGCGCGCUACCAAGCGCCUCACCGGCCGAUUCCCCCUCAAGAUCUCCAGGCCGGUGGAGCCCAACUUGGUUGAGCCCGAUUUGGUUGCGCAAAAUGAGGCUGCUUCCUCCAAGUACUCUCGGGACUCUAUGGAAAUUCGUGCACCAGAUCUGGCACAUCACCCGGCUAUGUACUCGGGUCACAUGGUUUGA